UGCUGUCAUCUGACUCUGACGCAGGCGCGUCAGCUUCCCGAAAGUCAACAAGCAACAGCGGAAACAAAAAGAAGCUCAACAUGGCUUCCCAACAUGAACUUCCAGUGAUCUUCUGCCUCAUAUUUCUCUCUCUACUCCCCGGGGCGGAGGCGUACGACGCCGGUGACGCCCUCGCUCUGCUCCUGGGCACCAUCCUGACCGUGAUGGGUUUCUGCGUCUUUCUCGGCUGGUACGCACGGAGACGGAACGAUCAGCUGUGAGAGAGACAGAGAGAGACUCCCCUCUGUGCCGUCCUGUUAUCAUCCACCGCAUUAAUACCUCUCCGGUGAACCUUUUUCUGGCACAAUGUUUGUGUCGAAGGGACUGAUGAGAAACGUGCCUUAUUGUGGAAGUAAUGCGUCAAAGGGGGUACCACGUGGACUUUGUUGGAGAGGAUGGUGGGGGAGAGAGGAAACAUCCAGGAAGUCCCAAAAACCAGGAACUGUUACUUGUUGCACUGCUCAGAUUGAAGACCAAACACUGCCUUGUGUAUAAAAAAAAAGACUGCUGCACUGACUGCAUAUGGCUUGCACUACAUAUUGCGCAUUUCCCCUUCUAUGCUUUGGAGUGAUCACUGUGAUUUCCUGAUGUGUUUAUUGCCAUUGCCACUGUUUGAAGCACAACAUGUGACAUGCAAAGAACGUGUGGUGUUGUUUCAGUUUGUGCUGUUUUUUUAAAAAAAAAGUGUGACAAUGGCUCUGAGAGGAAUAAAUUGAUUCAUCCGUUUGCUCUUCACA